AGUAAACCUGUCAAAUUGGGGUUUGUUUUCAUAACACUCGUCGUCAUAGUAAAAAUUCUAAAGGACAAACUCAAAAUGGCCUCAAAAACUCUUCGUUCUUUGCUCAGUGAACUGCGUCAAGCAUCCCCAAAUGGUUGCAUCAAGGAUAACCUCGCUGCCCGGUACAUCUUGGCCCAGUACAAGAAAUACCAAACAACCGACCAGCAACUCUGCAAGGCACGCGACGAAGUAAAUUUCUUGGGCCAGACAUAUCUCACCUACUUGACUAGUUUGAGAAAACACAACGAAUUGCAUAAGGAAUUUCAUGGGAGGGGCGAAAGAUCGGUAAAAGAAACCGCCGACUUGGUUGGCUUCAAGCUUCCAACAGAUCCCAAGUAGGACGAAAAUGUUAAGUAAAUGGUCAAGAAAUAAAACCAAAAAGUUGUUUGUUGUUAAAACUAAAAAAAACUGACCUUAUC